AAUCCUUGCACCCAAAGUAAGUGAAUCCCAAUACACACUAAAACCAGAAGAGAGAGCAAUGCAUACAUAAAGUCCCAAAUCCUUUUCUCUUUACCCAUUCUAUAAAAAAACAAAAAACAGUGCAAAAAUCCAAACUAUGAACAACCCAAACAAAACCUUUGAUUCUUUUUCUUAAUCUGUCCCCUCUCUCUGAAUCUGAUAGCAACACACAACAAACACACACACACACACACAAAAAAGUUCCAACCUUGAAACCUAUUUUCCCCCAAAAAACCAUGCUUUAACCCAUCCUUCACCAUUUCUCAAAAACCAAAAAUGGGUUUUCCAAAAAUGACCCUUUUUCUUCUUUUGUUCUUUUUCUUCAUCUUCUCCACAACCCAUCUUUCUGAAUCAUCAUCAUCAUCUUCUUCUGAUAUCACAACUCUAGUUUACAAAGGUUGUUCAAAAGAAACUUUCACAGAUCCAAAUGGUGCAUAUUCACAAUCUCUUUCAGCACUCUUUGGUUCACUAGUUUCACAAUCAACAAAAACAAAGUUCUACAAAACAACAACUGGUAAUGGCCAAAACAGCAUAACAGGUAUCUUCCAAUGUAGAGGAGAUCUCACAAACUCAGAUUGUUACAGCUGUGUUAGUAAACUACCUGUUCUUUCUGACAAAAUCUGUGGCAAAACCAUAGCUGCAAGAGUUCAACUUUUAGGUUGUUACAUGUUUUAUGAGGUUGCUGGUUUUCCUCAAAUCUCAGGUAUGGAAGUUCUUUUCAAAACUUGUGGAAAAACUAAUGCUGCUGGAAGAGGGUUUGAAGAGAGAAGAGACACUGCUUUUUCUGUUAUGGAAAAUGGAGUUGUAAGUGGUCAUGGUUUUUAUGCUACUAGUUAUCAAUCUUUGUAUGUUUUAGGACAGUGUGAAGGUGAUGUUGGUGAUUCUGAUUGUGGUGAAUGUGUUAAAUCUGCUGUUCAAAGAGCUCAAGUUGAAUGUGGAAGUUCUAUUACUGGACAAGUUUAUUUGCAUAAGUGCUUUAUUAGUUAUAGUUAUUAUCCUAAUGGUGUUCCUAAGGAGGGACCCUCUUCAUCUGGUGGUGGAUCAUCCUCUUCUAAUUACUCUUCAUCUUUUACUGGACAAAAUACAGCUAAGACUGUGGCCAUAAUAUUAGGAGGUAUAACUGCUGUGGCGUUUUUGAUUAUAUUGCUGCUAUUUGCUAGGAAUUUGAUGAAGAAACGUGAAGAUUAUUGACUGUAGAAGAAGAUGGUUUACUAUGGAGGCAAAAUUGUUCUUGAAGUUGAUUGAUUCUUGAUAUAGUAUAUCUUUUGGAUGAAAGAGAUUUGUGGUAAAUAGACUUGGGAGAUAGAGAAAGAAUCUAGGACUGUUUAAUGUGGGGACAAAGACUAAUUCUUGUAGUUAAGUAACAAAACAAGAUUUUGUUGUGGUGUAAUUAGCUCAUGAAAUUGAGAAUUGUUUUUUUGGUAUUACAAGGGUAAAGGAUAUACCCAAAGGAAUGAAUGUUUUAGUUUUAGAUGAAAAUAUUUAAAUUUUGUGCCUACCCCUUUAACCAUGUGUGAA